AAAUGUUUAUGCGUGUACCGCAUAUGUUUUUCUGAAACUGCAUCUUUUACUUCCGCUUUCAGAAUUCAGAUUCCUAAAAUGAUAUAGCUUUGACUGGUUUGCGUUUGCUAACUUAACCCUCUAAUCAGGGAUUACACCUUCUGAAACAGCAACACUGAUGCAUGCAAAGCAACAUACAUGGCAUCGCCGGACUUUGCUAGUCCAAACAAAGCCUUAACAAACACUCGCUUCUCCGAUCUCAGGCCAUCGCUGUCCGAGCCGGUUCUGAACGCCCUAAGCCAAGGCGGGUUCGAGUUCUGCACGCCAGUUCAGGCUGCCACCAUCCCCUUGCUAUGCAGCUUCAAAGACGUCGCGGUCGAUGCCGCCACUGGCUCUGGAAAAACCCUAGCCUUUGUCGUUCCCCUCGUUGAGAUCCUUCGCCGCUCUUCCUCCCCCAAGCCUCACCAGGUAAUGGGAAUAAUUAUCUCACCCACCAGGGAGUUGUCAUCACAGAUAUAUCAUGUUGCUCAGCCUUUUAUUUCAACGUUAUCUAGUAUAACAUCCUUGCUUUUGGUGGGAGGAGUAGAAGUAAAAGCUGACGUGAAGAAGAUAGAGGAAGAAGGAGCAAAUUUAUUAAUAGGCACACCAGGGAGGCUAUAUGACAUAAUGCAACGAAUGGAUGAAUUGGAUUUUCGGAAUCUUGAGAUUUUGAUUUUGGAUGAAGCUGAUAGGCUUUUAGAUAUGGGAUUUCAGAAGCAGAUAAAUUCCAUUAUAUCUCGCUUACCCAAGCUUCGUAGAACUGGUCUUUUCUCAGCUACUCAAACUGAGGCAGUUGAAGAGCUAUCAAAAGCUGGAUUAAGGAAUCCUGUGAGGGUUGAAGUUCGUGCAGAGACAAAGCUGUCUGAUGAUUCAGCAUCAUCAGAACAAAUGGCUUCUUCAAAAACACCUUCAGGCCUUCACAUUGAGUAUUUGGAAUGCGAGGCAGAUAAGAAAUCAUCUCAGCUUAUUGAUAUCCUUACCAGGAACAAGUCCAGAAAAAUAAUAAUCUACUUUAUGACUUGUGCUUGUGUUGAUUACUGGGGAGUUGUUCUUCCACGUCUUGCUGUUCUAAAAGAUUGCUCUUUUGUUCCUUUUCAUGGGGGGAUGCAACAGAAAGCAAGGCAGAAAGCAUUAGGUUUAUUUACAGGUCUUUCAAGUGGCAUUCUUCUGUGUACUGAUGUUGCUGCACGUGGACUUGACAUUCCAGGUGUUGAUUGCAUAGUGCAGUAUGACCCUCCUCAGGACCCAAACGUUUUUAUACACAGAGUUGGCCGAACUGCUCGGAUGGGCAGGGAAGGAAAUGCCAUUGUUUUCUUAUUACCAAAGGAGGAGGCUUAUGUAGAAUUCUUGCGUCUAAGAAGGGUGCCUAUUGAAGAGAGAAAAUGUUCUGAUGAGGCUUGUGAUAUUGUUCCUAAUAUACGGUCUGCUGCAAAGCAGGACCGUGAUGUAAUGGAGAAAGGACUUAGGGCGUUUGUCUCAUUCAUUCGUGGAUAUAAAGAGCAUCACUGCUCUUACAUUUUCAGGUGGAAAGAACUUGAAAUUGGUAAAUUGGCCAUGGGAUAUGGCUUACUGCAGCUCCCUUCUAUGCCUGAGGUAAAGCAUCACUCGCUUUCAACUGAGGGUUUUGCUCCUGUUGAAGAUAUCAAUUUGGAGGAGAUCAAGUAUAAGGAUAAAGCUCGCGAAAAACAACGCAAGAAGAAUUUGCAAGCAAAGAAAGCAGUACAACACCAUGAACCAAAACCACGGAAGGCCAACACUGCCCCAAAUGCCGCGGCUACUGGGAUGAGGAAGAAAACAGCCAAGCAGAGACGUGCUGCUCAGACAAUUGAAGAUGAAGAGGAGUUAGCAAAGGACUACCGCCUGCUGAAAAAGCUAAGAAAGGGAGCCAUUGAUGAAAGCGAGUUUGCAAAGCUAACAGGGACAGAUGAGCUGUUUUGAAUCACAUGAUGAGCUCCCAUUUUGUGAUUUCAGACAUGGGGAAGUUCUGGGACUGAAGGCAAGCUAUGAUAAGAAAGCCUGAGAGAGAAACGUAAAAUUAUGGAUAGGUGGAAACUUUUGAGAGGGUUUAGAGCAUCAAAGAUCCAGAUAAUGGAUUGAACAUCAUCAAAAGAGAGUGACUGUGCAUCUGGGAAUACAAAUUUGAGUCCUUGGAUUUGAACAAAACUCAAUACUAGCUGCUCCGAAUUUUGUUCAAAUCUGCUUAGUUUCAAAAGUUUUAAUCCAUGUUUGGACUUGAAUCCUUUAACCUGUGAAGCAAUUGCAUCCUAAUGCCCAAAGCUUUAAAUAAUGAAUGAUAUUUACUGUUUCCAAGUAUGAAGCAAUGAAAAAAUUCUUCAGUUUACAAA